AUGGCGUCAUUCUUUCCGGAUGAGAUUCUAGAAAACGUUCUUUGUCGGUUGCCUGUUAAGUCUCUACUCCGUUUAAGGUGCAUUUCUAAAUCUUGGCUUUCUCUAAUUAGUAGCCCUCGUUUCGUCAAAUUGCAUCUGAACAGAUCAGUACAAACCAAGAGCAAUCUUAGUCUAUUCCUGAUAACCGGCCACGAAUUCUUUCGGUGGAAUUUGUAUUCCCUCGACCAUGAUCUUCAACCGCCGGAGGUCAUUAACCAUCCGAUCGAUGGCCAUCCGUUUAGAUAUCGGUGGUAUACAAUCGGGUCCUGUCACGGAUUGAUCUGCUUGUCAAAUUCCAUUGAUGACACUAUCUAUUUAUGGAAUCCAUCAACAAAAAAGUCUAUAAAACUGCCUUAUGCCAAUCCUUCUUGCAGUUGCUAUGAUAGAUCUUAUGGAUUUGGUUACGAUAACACCAAUGACGAUUACAGAGUGGUGAGAACUGUGUUGGGUAGAGAUGCUCAAGGGGACAUCAUCAAUUACGAGAUUAAUGUUUAUAGUUUGAGAUCAAAUUCGUGGCAUAUGUCAGAGAAGUUUCAUCACUGUCCAAAUUUUGAAAGUAAAAAUGUCAUAGCUUGUGGAGCUCUGCACUGGAUUUCAGGAAACAUAGAAGAGGAAGAGAAAAGUUGGAUUGUUGCCUUUAAUCUUGGUACAGAGAAAUACCGAGUAAUUCCAACGCCUGAGUACAGUGGUCCUCAUUAUAUUAUAUCUUUGAAUAAUUUUGAAGAAUACUUAUCAUUAUCUUGUCAUUACUACUCAAAUGUCGUGGAUGUUUGGUUAUUAAAUGAAUAUGGUGGGAAGAAUGAAUAUUGGUCGAAAUUGAUUUCAUUGCCGCCAACAGAACCUCAGACGGACAGCCCGAAUUUUCAGUCUGUGAAACCGAUUGCUUAUUCAAAAAGUGGUAAGAAAGUACUGCUCCAGAUGGAUUAUAUUUCGCUUGCUUGGUAUAACUUAGAAGAUGAGUCAGUUGAAGAUAUUAUGUUACAUGAUUUGGGACCUUUUUUUGAUUUCUACUCUUGCUUGGAAAGUCUAGUCUCCGUCGAUGUUACAGCAGCUGAAGCAGCUAUGAAGAAAAGUGUUGAUGAUGGAAAGAUGAAGAAACAAACAGUCAAAGAUUGA